GUUCUCGUUCAGCUUACGCUCACCUCCAAAGCGGUGCAGAGAUGGAUACCACGCGAGCAGGUUUUUCGUCGCUGGGAAGCUGAGCUUGAGUCCCAGUAUGACGCUGGCGACUUCCCAGAAAUUUUGGCGUUACCAGGCCUCAAUCUUGCAACACUGUCCCUCCAUGUGAACAACCGGGACUUCACGUGGCUGCAGCGGCAGGACUCGGUGCUUGCGCGCGGCCCCUUUUCGUUGGGCGACGAGCUGGAGAUCGACAUGGAUGCCGAAGCGAGGCAGUUCUUGAAUGACCCGCUCUUGUCCUCCCCUUCUUCAUCUACGCGAAAAAGAAAUUCAUCUGCGGUCUCUGGUCGUGCUCCAUCAUCAAAUGGAGGACUACAUGCUGAG